CAAAUGUAUGUAUAUCUUAUCCCUCAGAAUCCUCUCGAGUAACUUCCCUACCACGGAUGUUGGGCUAACUGUCUUUAGUUCCAGAUUUAUUUUUGCAGCCCUUCUUAAAUGAAAGCAUAGCAUUGAUCACCUUCAGUCUACCAUAGUCCACCCAUGUUCAACAAUGAUUCAUAUAUUUCAUGUGUGGAUUUUGAUUAAUUAAGCUCUCACGUGAUUUUGGCUGAAAACUAUUACAAUCGCUGGGAAAUGAAACACUUGUGAACCAGUCUGGUUAUCUGAUAACUCUAUGUCCACGUCUGCAGAGGAGACCUUGGAGUAUAUAUAAAGGCAAUUCAGGCUUCUCUGCAAAGCCAUCUAAAAUGGCACGAUUUAUUUUAGCUUGUGAAACAUUUGCCAUUGUGCUUCUUACUUCACAACUGACAAAUCGUCUGACUGCACAUGGACAGGAGAGAGUGGGAGGAGAUAAUAAAUACCCACCACUUUGGGAUGAUGUUCCUGAUUCACUGGGUGAAUUUGAUACCAUCCAUAACAAGACUGUGAUCAAUCCUUGGAAUUACCUCGAACGAAUGGGAAUGUAUAAAACAUUACUGAGUGUCACGGCUAAGUACAUGAGCAAUUUUGGACCCGGCAACACUGGAAAUGUGUUAUGGGGACUGCCACUGCAACAUGGCUGGCAGUUUAAUACAGGUCGAUUAGCUGACCCAUCCAAGGGAUCAUCCUGUGGCCAACAAGCUGGUGACCCACUGUGCAUCUCGACAAGAAGUUGGUGGUCUUGUAUGAAUUACUACUUAGCUACAAUACCCUUUUUGGGAGCAAUAGAAGCAGGCUUCUUUGAGGAUUGGCCUUUUGAAAUAAAAGUCUUGCAACCUGAAGAAUACAUGGAUAAUUUUUGUUACACUGCAGCUGACUGCCGUGUACUGAACCCUGCGAUGAUGGCCACAUGGACAACUUUCUUUCAGUUACUGAAAAUAACAAAUGAAUAUUCCCAAAUGGAGAUAUUACCUACUAUAUCAUCGGAAGAGGAUAAUAUUUGGCAUCAUCUGUGGAUGGCACAUGUUGCAUCGAUUGAAGCUGCACUUCCACAAUGUUCUGAAAGGUUGGCGUACAUUUCAGCUCCUGAAGCACAGUUUGGUGUCAGCUGGGCGAAUGCAGUAGAAUUUAUUGCUCUUACUCAUUUUCCCACUAACUUCAAUCAAACCAAUAGCUUUCAAGUAUUUCUGCCUCAACGGAUGCUGUUAGCUGGAGAUAAGGCACCAUCUAUUCCUGACCUAAGUAAAGAGGAGAACAGAGUCUUGGUGGGUCUUGACAUUUUAUACAAAGGAAACCAAUUGACAGGUGGCUGGUUAUUGAAAGUGUGGAGAAGGACCAUGUGCUCAGAAAAAGGAAGAGCAGUGGGUCGAAACCUACUGGAAAAUGCUGUUGCAAAUCCUGACCUCAUUUUAUCUGGAAUGCGUAAUCUUUUUGUGGAAUUCAUUAAAAAUCAUCACUGUACUACAAUUAAUAUCUAAUCUUUAUGUUGUCUGCAAACAAGUAGCUUGCAAUAAAACAUAAAAUUAUUCUAAAGAAAAGU